AAAAAAAAAAAAAAAAAACAAGCGAACCCAAAAGACAGUGAAAAAACAACAACAUGCGCAGUGAGAUGAAUGAUGCGGCAAACGCAAAUCCAAACCUAAACCCCUCGUAAGCGGAAGGCCACCUCCGCACUCCUUUUCCUCUUCCUGCGAUCCUAAUCUCGCAGUCGCCUCCCCGCCCGCAAUCCAUUCUCUCCCUUAUGCGCACUGUCUCCCCGCAAAGCUAAAUAUCUGACUGCUCUUUUUCUUCUUCAGGUGAGUUUCAAUUACUGAUUAUCAUCGGUGUUAUGGGUCAGCCUUUUCUAGGCCUGUUAAUGCGCGAUGUGUUCGUCUUGCUCUGCUUCUGGGAUUGCUGUCAAGCAUCUUCUGAUCGAGAUUAUCGUCUGGGUUCAUCUCUCAACCAUCGAAUGUGUAGGGGACUAUGGGGAAAAAGGUCAAGAAAAAGAGCCGUGCGCCUCAGAAGGAGAAGAGGGUUGCUGGUCACUCUCUGAGUAAGGUACCUCAGCAAAGCAGUCUCAGCAUAAGUGAUGGCAAUGUUGCUGGUGAUGGCGUAGUAGUAGUUCGUAAAGAGCGAAAUCCGUGUGCACAUUUGGACAAGGGGUUUGAUCUGACCAAGUUCUCUGAUAAAAUUAGUGGUUCAGAUUCUAUAAGCUGUGAGGAUUGUCGGGAGGCUGUUGCUGAUAGAAGGGGCGGUAAGGGAAAGGGUAAGCAUGGGAAGAAGAAAGGAGCUGAUUCCAAGUCUGAUUCAAAGGCCAUUUGGGUCUGCUUAAACUGUGGCCAUUAUGGAUGUGGAGGGGUUGGUUUGCCAACAAUCGCCCAAAGCCAUGCUGUUCGGCAUGCUAGACAGGCUGGUCACCCCUUGGUUAUCCAGUGGGAGAACUCUCAUCUUAGGUGGUGCUUCCAGUGCGACAGUUUUAUUCCAGUUGAUAAAACAGAAGAUAGUGGUGAAAGUAAGGAUAUAUUUUCAGAUGCUGUAAAAGUAAUCAAGGCCCAUGUGUCCCAUCCGCCAACACUGCGGCAUGGUGAGGAUAUCUGGUUAGGAAGUGGCAGCAUCUUAAGUGAAGUAAAAGCUGAAGGCACCAUCUCCAAAACUUCAGAAGGUAAUGGUGGUUAUACUGUGAGGGGCUUGGUUAACCUGGGAAACACUUGCUUUUUCAAUUCAAUAAUGCAGAAUCUUCUAGCUAUGAAUAGGUUGAGGAGUUAUUUUAUCAGCGCAGAUUCUUCUUUUGGCCCUCUUUCUACUGCUUUGAGGAAGCUUUAUGAUGAAACUAGACAAGUGACAGGUGCGAGGAAUGUGAUUAAUCCGAGAUCCUUUUUUGGGUCUCUCUGUUGUAAGGCCCCUCAAUUCAGGGGAUAUCAACAGCAUGACAGUCAUGAAUUGUUGCGCUGCUUACUUGAUGGAUGGUCCACUGAAGAGUUGGCUGGAAGGAGACAAAUUAAUGCUUCUGAUCCAACUGGUGUUGCUCCAACAAAUAUUCCUACAUUUGUGGAUGCCACAUUUGGGGGACAGAUCUCUAGUACUGUAUGUUGCAUUGAGUGUGGACAUUCCUCCACCAUUUAUGAGCCAUAUUUAGACCUCUCGCUUCCAGUUCCGACUAAGAAGCCUCCAACUAAAAAGUUCCAGGCUGUCUCUCGAGCAAAAAAGACCAAGCUACCACCAAAGCGAGUUGGAAAAGCUAGGCAGAAAGUGAGCAAAGAUACAGCAGAUACAGUGCAGGGUGUAAGUGCUGCAACCUCUUCCACAAGCAUUGUAUUGGGGUGCCAACCACUAUUGAUAACAUCUAAUACAGAUAAUGUAGUGUCUUCCUCGGGUGAUACUACAGUGUCUGACUCAGCUGGUCAAACUUCUGACUGCUGUGAAACAGGCUUAGUCGCAGGAAAUUUUCUUGAGGUUCCGGUUUCUGUGGACAAGGAAGUUGUUGGAGCUGAGCUGGAAGGAUCAGCAGCUUCUGCUGAACCUUAUUCAUGGAUGGAUUUUAUAUCUUCCGAAACAUCAAACGAGAAUGACUUGAUCUCACAAGUCAAUGAGUUAUCAAUCAUUGAAGUUUCAGCAGAUAAAGAUGUGGUUUCGAAUGGGAAGGAGGAGACUCCUCCAUUUGAUUUGGUUCACCAAACACCACCAUAUUCAGAGCCAAAAUCUGUCUCUAUAGAUCCUUGGGAAGAGGAAGUACCAUUGCAGGUACAGAGCUCUGAAGUUCUGUUGCUUCCUUACUAUGAAGAGGGUGCCAUAGGUGGGGAGGAUACUAUUUCUGGAGAAGCUGGGGCUUCAUCUUCUUCAAUUGUGGGAUCUGGACAGGAUGAAGCAGCCUUUGAUGGUUUUGGUGAUUUAUUCAAUGAGCCAGAGGUUUUUAUUGGCCCAGUAGCAGGGCCUGUUCAUUUAAGCAAUGGAGUAGCGGGAGAAACUUGUCCUACUGCAGUUGGAAUUAGCAGUGAAUCGGAUCCUGAUGAAGUUGAUGAUUCUGAUUCUCCUGUAUCCGUGGAAAGUUGCCUGACCCAGUUUAUAAAGGCAGAGGUUCUCUGCAAUGAUAAUGCUUGGGAAUGUGAGAACUGUUCCGAAACUUUACACCUCCAGAACCUGGAGGCAAAGAAGAAACUGGGCAGAACUGUGUCAGGAGGAGAUCUAAAUGGAGGUGAUAGUCGGCGCUUAAAUUCAGACAUCUCAUGUUCUUCUGGAAGUGGAAUUGUGAAUGGAGAAGCCAUUGCUGCUGAUACACUUGUCAAUCCCAAAGUUGAAAACUUGGUUUCUAAUGGCGGAGAGAUCGAAUGCCUAAAUGAAAAUGUCAUGGCAGUUGCUGAAAACGGUGAAGUGGAUAUGCAGAAAUUGUUAGUUUCACCAAUUGCUGAACAAAGAUGUGACACGGCAGCUGCUCCUCGCUCAGUGCUACCACCUUCUCCUGGCGGUGGAGAAGAACCAGCGAACGAAGAAGGUGCAAAUGGUAAUUCAUCUGUUAACACUUUCGGUAUUGAUGAGUCUGUUUCUACCAGUGCUGAAUAUGCUGCUGGUUCUGCUGGCAAUGAAGAGAACGGAUUGAAGUUGCCUAGAAAAGUUGAGUCAGAGGAUAGUGAAGGCAAAGAACAGAAAACCAUAAAGAAAGCGAUUGUGAAGAGGGAUGCAACUAAAAGGGUCCUUAUUGACAAAGUACCACCUAUUUUAACUAUUCAUUUGAAGAGGUUUAGCCAAGACAUUCGUGGUCGUCUGAGUAAAUUAAGUGGGCAUGUCAGUUUCAGAGAUACACUUGAUCUUAGACCUUACUUGAAUCCCAGGUGUGAGAAAGAAGAUGAAGAGAAAACAAGUAGUGUCUACAGAUUGACAGGCGUGGUUGAGCAUAUGGGGACGAUGAGAGGAGGUCAUUACGUCGCAUACGUAAGAGGAAGGGAGAGGAGCAAGAAACAAGUAGGAGGAGACGAGAAUGGUGGUGGUGGUGGGGAUGGUGAUUGGGUAUGGUAUUAUGCAAGCGAUGGCCAUGUGAAGGAGGUUUCGCUGGACGAAGUUCUUCGCUGUGAAGCAUACAUCUUGUUCUACGAGAGGGUUUGAGAAUUUAAUUCAUUUUUUUUUUUACCUUACAUACACACUUUUUUGAAAUGUUGCCGGGGUACCGGCUCGAGAGCCAGGACUCGUACAGACAGUCACCCCCAAGGCCAGAUUGCAUUGUAUUCUGUUCGAUAUGAUAUGAUCCAAACGUUGCCCUGAGCAAUCUGUUGUACACCCCCAAGUUGAAAUUGUUGGUAAUGGUAGGGCGAACAGAAUACAAGUAACCAAGAUUGCAUUAUAU